UAAAUUUAGUUUUAGAGGCUCUAAUCUCUGCUUAUGUCAAAAUUGCAGGGCCAGCAGUGCCCAGGUUGAUUUUGAUGUAACUGGCAUGAGUCUAUGUGGGGUAGAAACAUUCAUUGUCUGGGGCCCAGCACACAAGCAAAUUGUCCCGUAACUUCAUUCGUGGCAGGCCUUGGGUGCUGAUCACCUCGGAGGAUCACACAUUGCGUGUGACUUGACUUGCAGCGAAGCAAGCAGUGGAUUGCACUUUGGCCAUGCCUCCUAAAGUCGGAGACAGGGUGGAGGUCCAGCAAGACCCAGACGACCAGGGAUGGGCGGGUGCCUGGUAUACAGCCACCAUCACGCAGAUAGACAAGCAUAGAUGCACAGUGGAGUAUGACGAGCUCAUCACUGAUGACGGCGACAAGGACACAGACACAGUGUCUCUGACACGUCUCCGUCCCAUCUAUGCAAAUGAUGACAGCAGGACCAAACCGCUGCAGGAGCGCAUCUGCGGGGAGCCGGUUGACUGCUGGUAUGAUGAUGGAUGGUGGGAGGGCUAUGUGCACAUCACCCGGGACACAGAGCUUGUAGUGUUUUUUCCCUCUAAUGGAGACCUUGUCACAAUCCCCUAUGAUCAGUCAAAUAAACCCGAGGAUCAGCAGAAGCGGCUCAGGACAAGGAGGAAAUGGCACAACAAGGAUCGGAUAUGGAACAAGAUGCACAUGAAAAGCUUUGAUGGGGCUGCUGAUGAGCGGACAGCGCCGCGCCCCUCGCCACCCCUUUCACAGCUGGACACCAGGGUCUCCAAGGACAUCUUUGAGCAGAAACAGCGUGAGCUGGAGCAGCAGAGGGCCAAGAAGAGGGCGGCACAGCUGUCAGCAUUCGGCAGCGAGACCACCUCAGACGAUGGCGCUGCUGCGGCCGCCGGCGCUGCCUCAGAGGCAGGGCCGAGCCAGCCUGCAGGGCCGAGCGGGCGGCAGGCCCCUGAGAAGCCCAACCUCAAAAUGAAGCUGAAGGUGGGCGCAGAUCAGGAGGGUGCAGGCCAGCAGGGGAGUGAGAGGGGAGAUGCAAAGGUGAAGGAGGCCACCUGGGCAGCUGACAAGGAGGCCAAGGGGGACAAGGCGGCUCUGCUGAGGAAGGGGAGCGGUGCGGCAGCAGCAGCAGCGGCUGAGUUGGAUCCGCUGGGAGAGGCCACUGCGAUAGGGGCAGAGGCAGUGAUUCCAGAGGCGGGAAAAGCAGCACCAGCGACGCCAAACGAGGGGGCAGCAGCCGGGGCAUGGCCAAAGCGGCCGCCGGCAAAGCCUGGACGGCCGACAAUUGCCGCCACAGGCGCUGCUAAGGCCAAAAAGGAGGCUGUGGCAAAGGCUGGGGCACCUGCGGCGAAGGCAGGGGCAGGUGCUCCUCAAGGCCUGCAAAAGAAGGUGGUAAAGAAGAAGGACCCCGCAGGGAAGCCAAAGAGAGGGCAGGAAGCCGAGAAUCCUCACCUUGUGGAGGCCAUGAAGGUGAUUGAGGCGGAGGGCUGGAAGCCACUGGACCCUGUGAAGGGGGCAUCAUGGAGUGAGGAGGAAACUGAGAUGCUAUAUAGCAUAGAAGCCAAGUGUGUGGCCUACGACAACGAUACCGUUGUGAAUACGCUGCUGCCGCAUCGCGACAUCGACUCCCUCCGCAAAUUCAGGAGCACUCACAAGGACCAACUGAAUGACAUAUGGAUAGCCGCCCAGAAAGAGAAGGCAGGCGCGGCUGCAGACCAGGCAGGCCCCUCUCGCCCGACGCAGCAGCGCCAGCAGCAGAGGCAGCAGCAGCAGCAACAGCAGCGGCAGCAACGGCAGGCCGACGCUGCAAAGGCGGCUGCCAGGCCGGCCGCCAAGCAGCCUGCAGACCCCGACACGCCGGGUCUUGACGCACACGCAAAGAAGGGGGCCGGCAAGGCCGUGAAACAGCCCGCAGAUCCCGAAACACCGGGUCUUGACGCGUACGCAAAGAGGGCGGCCGGCAGGGCCGCACAGGCGCGGGGCGAGGAGGAGGCCCUGCCAGACACACCGAGGGGGGCGGAAAAACAGAAGGUGACGGAGAUCGGCGGCAAGAAGAUGCUGCUGGGGCACAGGCAGGCCAGUCUGGAGCAGCGGCUGAGCUCCCGUUCUCUGGGCAUUGAUGCCAUGCCUGGUGCGGGCCCCCCGGCCACCUCAGCGCCGAUGACAUCAGCGGGCCCGUCUCAUGCCGCGUCGCCGUUCCAGCCGGCAUGGCGGCUGCCCUCUGACCCCCGACUGAGGACGAAUCGUGGUGAGGGCAUUGUGCCCAUGCCACAGCCUGCAAUUGCGCAGAGCCAACAGGAGCCUGGCUGGCCUCGGAGCGACCCUGCUGGCGAUGUGCAGAUGGUGGAGGACUUGCCUCCCCACAUGCUGGACGAGCAGCUGGCGCGCAGAGCAAAGACCUCCGGCCGCAAGAGGCGCAGCAGAUCCCCUGAACGGGAAGUUACGCCUGAGGAAGUGCGAGUUCUCCCGCCCAUCAAGCGGCUGGCAUCUGGCGCCAGGCCCGGCUCUGCGCGGCCCAGCAACAUCAUCUGCCUGGACGGCAUCGGGCAAGUGUGGAGGUCCAACAAGGAGCUCGAGGCCGCCCUCAGACCCUUUGUGGCAGACUUCUCUAGGGUGGAGAUUGCAAUGGAGAUGGUGGACGGCCACCCCUGCCAUGCCGGAUGGGCAGCUGUCAUCUUCCCAAGCGCGCAGGAUGCUGCAGAAUACCUCCCAACGAUGCAGAACCUGUACCUGAGGACUCCCUCAAUCCCCCUCCCCAGGCCGCUGCUGGCGCACUACCCCAGGAAGACCGAGGAUGACUUCGACAAGCACAUCGGCUAUGGCUUCGUCCAGGGGAUCUAUGUGGCGCCGCAUUUUGCGCAGCCGAACAGCAUAGAGUACCAGCCGGCGCUGGAGUGGCGGCGGCUGCAGAAUGCCACGCGCGCAUGCAAGUGCAUGCACCGGGAGCAGCAUGCCGCCAAGCUGGCAGAGGUCAUGCGGAUGUACCAGAAGAAGGCGGAAGGGGAUCAGGUGUCGGCCGAGGAUCAGGUUCCGCCGCCGCCGCCGCUCAAGACGCCAUGGCUAUUUGUGAAGGGCAUCGGCGCCCCAGCGCUGGCGGACCCGCAGAUAAUCCGCAGCGCGUUUGAGCAGUGGGGGGCGCGCGACGUGAAGGUCCCCCGCGAUCCGGUCACCGGCAAGACCCGGGGGGUCGCCCUCAUCCGCCUGCAGGACCCCUACCAGGUGGAGCUGCUGAAGGGGGACUUGGACGAGAUGGUUUACAUCAUGGCCGGCUCCCCCCGCCCGCUGCAGUCACACAUGCUCGACAUGGGGCUGCCCCGCGAGUGCUGGCAGGCGAUGCACGACUCGGCGCUGUUCACGGUGUUCAAGCGCGACGACCGCGGCAACGGGCCGGCCGCCCCGGCCGGCGCGCCGCUGCUAGUAAAGAUUGAGCGGCCGCGCUCGCUGGAGGAGUGGUACGCGCAGCGCCUGCGCAACCUGCUCGAGCGCGGCACCGAGGAGCGCCUGGAUCUGCAGGCUGUGCUGAACGGGCCGUGGGAGGCGCUAAAAGUGGCGCUGUGGUUGAACGGGCAGCGGGAGGCGCUGCACCUGGCGCACACACGGCAGUACGAUGGUGAGGUGGGCAAACUGGUGGACGCCAACAUGAUCAAUUGCACCGACAUCAUGAAGUCCCUGCGCACCGGCAAAAGGAAGGAGUUCAAGGAGCUGCGCAACAUGCCCGACCGUUACAAAUACCUCCUGCAGUACGGCAACGGCAAAGUGGGGAUGGCGCCCGGAGCGUUGCCAGGGAACGCUGAGCAGCCCAAGCCCGUAGCAGCUGGCCGAGGCAUGACCAUGGGAGUAAGGGGCCAGACCAACCACACCAGGUACAACAGGGGCAGGCAUGGCAGGCCCUACCACAGCCAGCAGCGCUCGAAGAGAUGAGUGGCCGCUUAUUCGUUCUAAAAUCGAGGCCCUGAAAAAGAGGCCCAUGGGCCAGCCUUUUGUCUGUGGUGAAGGCUGCUCAGAUGUGAUCUAACUUCAAACAUGCUAUUGUUAGCAGAUGAGCGUUUCUAGAAUCUCGGCGUAACAGGCCAGACCUGCUUGUACAAUGAUGUACUUGUCUAAAAGAUUUUCUGAAUCCCAGGGCCUCGGGGCCCUGUGCGGUGUCGUAGAUGAUUUUGUCUGAGCUGGAAUAGCGGUGCUGGGACAAGCGCCUAUAUAUUAUCAUGAUCCUUACAUGCAUGCACCUGGAUCCAUUGUUUUUGAAAGAAGUAUUUGAUAUACUUCAAGAAAUUCCUGCCGUUCAGGUUGUGCGGUUUUUGACAAAUUGCAUGGGAUGACUAUUAUCUUUAGUACAUCAGGACCUCCAGCUGCAAAGUUGAAAGCUCAUUGUAAUGGUGCGUGAAGCAAUCUUGUAAGGAUGCAC